UUUUUCUUUAGCUCAUUUGGCUUUCUCGGCACAGGGGCACAGCAGCACAGCUUGCUAAACACGACCGCCGCUCUCCUCUUUCCCCAAACCUCAACCAUGGCAGCGGCCGCCGAUCCCGCCGCCGACCAACACCCUAAGGACGCUGAGCCCCAUGAGCCCUCCGUAGAACCCAGAGCCGAUGCCGAGUUCUCCGAGGAGUACAGCGAGGAUGAAGAGGUGGACGAGGAGGAGGAGGAGCUGGAAGGGCCGGCGGCCGCGGCGGUGGAGCGGGAGAGGGUGCAGUCCGUGUUCCGGCGUCUGUCAUCAGACCCAGUGGGGAUCCGCGUCCACGAUGUGGCCAUCAAGGGCAACUCCAAGACGCGGGACGAGCUCAUCGAGGCGGAGGUCGCCGACCUGCUCCGCGCCGCGCCGACCGUGCAGGACCUGCUCCGCGCCGCGAGCGUCGCCAGCGCGCGGCUGCACCGGCUCGACGUGUUCGACGCCGUCAAAAUCACGCUCGACGCAGGCCCGCCCGAGCUGCCCGGCACCACCAACGUCGUCAUCGAGGUCGUCGAGGCCGCCAAUCCCGUCACGGGAACCGCCGGCGUCUAUUCCAAGCCCGAGGCAAAAUCUUGGUCAUUGGAAGGGUCACUCAAGUUGAAGAACUUGUUUGGCUAUGGUGACAUCUGGGAUGCUUCAGGUGCGUAUGGUUGGGACCAAACAUCAGAGGUUGGCAUUGGAGUCUCCCUCCCAAGGUUUAAAACAAUACCAACACCGUUGAUGGCCCGGGCAUCAUUGUCCUCACAAGAUUGGCUAAAGUUUUCAUCAUACAAGGAGCGCCUACUUGGCCUUUCAUUUGGUUUGCUUUCAACCAUGAACCAUGACUUGUCUUAUAACCUUACAUGGCGUACUUUAACUGAUCCAUUACGUGUCUCAUCGGAGGCCAUAAGGAGGCAGUUAGGGCAUAAUCUUCUGUCUGCGUUGAAGUAUACAUACAAGAUUGAUGGAAGGGAUUCACAUCUCAGGCCAACGAAAGGAUAUGCAUUUCUGUCAACUUCUCAAGUUGGCGGUCUAUGGGAUAGCAGAGCAUUGAAAUUUUUUCGGCAGGAGUUUGAUGCUCGUGGUGCUGUGCCUUUGGGAUUCUAUAAUUCUGCUCUCAAUGUGGGCAUUGGAGCAGGUGUCAUUUUACCACUAGGAAAAGGAUUCAUGGAUUCGUCUUCACCUGUGCCUGAUAGAUUUUACCUUGGAGGUCAUUCUUCUCCGGUUUGCAGCUUGAGCGGACUCUCAUCCUUGUUGGGUUUCAGAAUAAGAGGAGUUGGCCCAACCGCACCACAGAGGCUUGUCCCUGGCGAAUCUGAUGGUGGCUCUGCUGCCCCUCUAGGAAGGGAUUACUUAGGAGGUGAUCUCACUGUUUCCGCCUUCGCUGACCUUUCUUUUGAUUUACCUCUGAAGUUAUUUAGAGAUGCUGGAAUACAUGGGCACGCAUUUCUCACUGUUGGGAACCUUGCGAAAUUGUCGGAGGGUGAGUAUAAGAAGUUCUCAGUUUCUGAAUUUCGGCGCACAUUUAGGAGCUCUGCAGGUGUUGGCAUUAUUUUGCCCACUAAACUUUUCCGAGUGGAGGUGAACUACUGUUACAUUCUAAAACAAGCUGAGUGUGACAGUGGAAAGACCGGAAUCCAGUUCAGCUUCUCCUCGCCCAUGUAGGAUUUUGUCGUGAAAUGUUUUGCAGCCGAAGUAACUUCUCUUUCCCUUGUAGACUCGCGUUCUUCCAUUGUUCUUUUCUCGCUGAAGCAAUUGCACAAUGAUCAUACUAGCAUUUCAUCGGUUUUUCUUGUGACCGCUCGUUCUUUGGCAUGAGCCUGAGCCUAGAGUUGCUCAUUCUUUU